AUGCGAAGCAGUCACAUUAAGCAAUGCCUCGGGAUCUACACUGUGCCAGGAAGCGCUCCUUUUAGGAGGAACCCCAACCUGCCCGCUGCCUUCUCCUCGCCACGCCGAGCACCGACCUCGUGGCGCCCCUGUGCCCCGAACUCACUCAGAUGGGGCGGGCGCCGGGGCGGGGCCUCCCCGAGCAUGCGCAGCGCGAGGCGACGGGCGGGGCGGGGCGGGACCUGCUCCCCGCGCGCUCCGUCAUCGCCGCCGCCCGCCGCGGACCCGGAAGUGCGCCGCGCCGCGCGUGGGUUGGCCUCAGGGCUCGCCGCGGGCACCUCUGACUGUACGUGGCUGCGCGCCUGGCCGGGGCGCGGAGGCCGUGGCGCCCUGGAGCCGCCGGCCUCUGUCGCCGAGGUAGUGUCGUCCCUGACCAUCGCAGACGCGUUCACGGCGGCCGGCGAGAGCCCAGCGCUCGCCCCGCCGCCCCGCGUGGUCCCCAGGAGGUUCAUCUGCUCCUUCCCGGAUUGCAGCGCCAAUUACAACAAGGCCUGGAAGCUAGACGCGCACCUGUGCAAGCACACGGGGGAGAGACCAUUUGUUUGUGACUAUGAGGGCUGCAGCAAAGCCUUCAUCAGGGACUACCAUCUGAGCCGCCACGCCCUGACGCACACCGGAGAAAAGCCAUUUGUUUGUGAAGCUAGUGGCUGUGAUCAGAAAUUCAACACAAAAUCAAACUUGAAGAAACAUUUUGAGCGCAGACAUGAAAAUCAGCAAAGGCAAUAUGUGUGUGAUUUUGAGGGCUGUGAGAAGACCUUUAAGAAACAUCGACAGCUUAAAGUCCAUCAGUGCCAGCAUGCCAAUGAACCACUAUUCAAGUGUAACCACGAAGGAUGCGGAAAACACUUCACGUCCCCCAGCAGGUUGAAACGACACGAGAAGGUCCAUGAGGGCUACAUGUGUCAGAAGGGAUGUUCCUUUGUGGCAAAAACAUGGACGGAGCUUCUGAAACACGUGAGAGAAACCCAUACAGAGGAAAUCAGGUGUGAAGUAUGCCAGAAAACAUUCAAACGCAAAGAUUAUCUUAAGCAACAUAGGAAAACACACGCCCCAGAAAGGCACGUGUGUCGGUGUCCAAGGGAAGGCUGUGGAAGAACGUACACCACCGUGUUUAACCUCCAGAGCCACAUUCUCUCUUUUCACGAGGAAAAGCGCCCAUUUCUGUGUGAACAUGCUGGCUGUGGCAAAGCAUUUGCAAUGAAACAAAGUCUCACUAGGCAUGCCAUUGUACAUGAUCCUGACAGGAAGAAAAUGAAGAUCAAAGUAAAACCAUCUCGUGAAAAACGGAGUUUGGCUUCUCACCUCAGUGGAUAUAUCCCUCCUAAAAAGAAACAAGAACAAGGUGUAUCUUUGCGUAAAAAUGGAGAGUCGUUGAACUGUAUUGAAAGAAAAGUGCUCUCAACAGUUGCGGUCCUCACCCUCAGCUAACCAUCAGGUUGCCCUACAUAAGGGACAGACCAGUGAGCUUAGUUUUGUUUUUUGUCUCAGAAGCACAUUUAUCUUUAUUAAAAUCACUGGUGCAGAACAUCUG